AUGCCUAAUUUUAGCGAUGAAGCAUUUGAAUAUCAGCCGGAUUCUACUAUUUCAAUAGACGAAACCCAUCCUAUUUGCAGCAAUGAUUUAAACAGUAACAAUCAAUUAUCUAAAAAGUCAAAACAAUCUAAAGACAUAGCGGAUGAAGAUAUACCAUCGAGACCAAUCAAUGAAGUAUCUAUCCAUAGCCUACUAGGCGCAACAUCAUCUCGAUAUAAAUUUGCUAAAAAUGCAUCAUCCUCAGAGACAAACUCAGUCCUUACCAAGGAUUUCUACAAAACAAUAGUUUUCAUGGAUUAUCGCCGUUUGCGGCGUAGAUUUAACGGCAUUCGAAAACCAAUUUCCUACAAACGCCUAUUCGCUAUAUGCAUCUAUUGCAUAAUUUUGGUUUGCUUGCCACUGUUGUAUGUAGAAGUUCAGAAGGAAAAAUAUAUUAUCAGUUUGAGAAUUGACAGGGAAAUCAAGCCCUUUAUUUCGUUGUUUGUAUUUAUCAUACUAGUGAUAGUUAAUGCGAGAUUUCAGUUGAAACAAGCGGUUAAAUGGCCAGUUAUACUCUCCUACAUAUCAAUCCUAGUUAUGGGCAUUGGAAUGCUGAUAUCUAGGAGCUACGAAUCUAUGUUGCACGUUUCUCGCCUCGUGUUGAUAUACUACUGUCCAAUACAAUUGUUUCUUCUAAUCACCAUAUACAUAAUCGUGCAGAUUUGUCCAUUAUUGGCCUUGAAAGGGUUCUUGUUCCCAUGUGCUGACCACUUUAGAAUCCUUAGUGGAUUUUUUGAAAAUAACCGAUUGCUAGUUGUUAUUAGCAGAUAUAACGACUACUCACUCAUGUGCGGGGGCCCUGUGUGUGGGCUACCGCGGUGCUUGUACCAGUCUGUAUACAGAAUGAUCACUAGAAUUUGUGUUAAGGUAAGGGGGUACGUUAAAUCAACUACGAGCGGGUAUGGUGAAGCCCCCUUUUCCCACCAAAUGCGGUACCAAGGCAAGGUUGACGACAGGGGUAGGCCUCAUGGCUAUGGCGAGUGGCUCGAGGAUCAUUCGUUCGGCGAAAGGCUUAAGGGUUACUGGUGGCACGGAUAUCCAAUAGGCCCCUUUUCGUCCCAGGAAAUAGGGUCAGGUAGCAUUUUCGCCAACACCCGUGUUGCAUUUGUUACCAAUACACAAUCGGAAGAAGAUGUAAUGUUUGGUGUAGCGUGUACAGAAUGCUCAAUAAGCGGCCACUUUUUCCGCUACUUCCCAGUCACUUACUUCUUUCAUCCUAGACAUUCAAAUAAGGUUGUACAUGGUAAUUUAAUAACCAAAUCUCUUUACAAAAAUGAUUUUUUUCGUCUAAUGAAACCUGAGUUUGAUCGAACACAACCUGCAACCAUCGAGUGGUGCUUCAAGAUGCUCAGGUCUCAGUUUUGGCUCAACAUGCCCAAAAGAAUAACGUCUUGCACGGUCAACGUAGAUAAGUGGUCUGGUUUACGGGUUGAGGGGUUUUUACCGAAGCCUACAGACCAGAAUUCCAGAUUUAAUCGGGUUAAAUCAUUGGGUACAGACACAACGAGCUUUUCAAAAGUAUCACCAUUUAACAGGUUUUCAGGCAGUGCUAGAGAUAAAUUAGUCUUUAGGAUUAUCAACAAGAAUGGUAAGAAGUGGACUGGCGAUAAGGUGAUAAAAGAGUGUUAUAAGUCGCAACUAUUUGUAGAUGAGGAUGAGUGGGCGAUUAUGGAUCGCAAAUGUCCAAUGGUGAGCGUUGAUGGAUGGAUUCCAAUUAGAUCAUUGGCAAAAUAUGACAAGGUAUCCUAUGAGGCGAUAAUUUUUGUUCACGGAUACAACCUUACCCUGGCUCAGGCCUGUGCCCAGUUGUCUCAUUUUAUUUCAUUUUCAAAACUCCCUCCCUAUAUAGUUCCAUUUUUAUUCCAUUGGCCAGGAAAGUAUUGGGGACAACUCUCAGCCUUCGCCUAUCCAAUUGCCAAGAAGUCGGCAGAAUCUACCAAUGUGGGUAAAUCCAUGGCAAAGUUUUUACGUGAGUUGCAAAAGAUGGGGAUUGUUAGGUUACACUUUCUCGCCCAUUCUUGUGGAGCGCGGGUCUUUUUCAAUGGAUUAUACCAUUGUGUAUCGCAGGGAUUAUUUCGGAGAAUAGUCUCAUCUGGGGACGAUGAACCUCCAUUUACGGACUCAUAUUCACAACCAGAGAUGGUUUUACAAUCUUGUGUCCUUAUAAAUCCAGACUAUUCGCUGGAAAAGUUUGUCAACUCUGACUUUUUCACCCUGAGAACUUACUGUGACAGUAUAAUAAUCUAUGCAGAUACUCGAGAUCAAUGCCUGACCAUGUCCAGCCUUUGGAACAAGGAAAGGGUUGUUGGGAAAUCAAUAUUUGGAUUGGCAACGAACAAGGCUAACCUAAGCUGUUUGGUUGCUGACCACAGGCUAGCCAAAUCCUACACUCUCUACCCAGAAAUGCUCCAUAACCCCAUUAAUAACUCUGGCGACAAUAAUUGCGACGAAAGUACCCAAAACAGCAAUUCUGAUCAAAAGAGUGAAAUGAUAUCCAAAAUUUCCUGGCUUAACCCAAGGAAACGGAAUGGUAGAUGCCGUCCAUCAUGGAAGGGGAUAAGUGACAUAGGCGGCGAAAGGAACAUUUUCGGAAAUGUAAUCAAAACACUGGAAGACACAAGCUCACAAAUUUGGCUAGAUCUAGAUGUGGUAGACAUGAGCACGAUUGACUCCAACGUAGACUUUCUCAAGCAUUCUUCAUACCAAAUGAAGCGGGAGAUCAUGGAUGAUAUAAGGGAGGUGAUACUGCUAGGCAAUAGGGCUGAGGACCGUCGCUACAGGUUGGAUAGGAGGCGAGGCAAUGUACAUGUACUUAGAAUUGCUCCGGCUUCAGUCUCGCAGCUUUUGGGGGAUUAG